GGAAUGAUUAUUAAUUAUUUAAUUGUUGAUGGAAAUCCUGGCUGGUUAGCUAUUGAACCUUUUAUCGGGAAUGUUUUUGUCGAUAAAAUACCAAAAGAAGGUAUUCCACCAAGCAAUAUUUCACUAAAAAUAGCAGCAAUCGACAGAGAAAACCAUUUAAUUUUAGCCGAAUCUAAAUUAAAUUUAGAAAUACUUUCAAAUAAUUUAAACAAUAACAUUAAAUCCCAAAAUCUAAAAAAUUGUUUUUCUUCACCAAUUAUUAAAUUAAAUAUUGAAAGAUUAGAAAAUGAAGAAGAGGAGGAAGAGGGAAAGGAAGAAGAAAAUAAAAAUAUUUUAAAAAAUAAUUUAAUUAAAUUUAUUAAAAUAUUUGAAGAAAAAGAAAUUGGGAAUGAAACAAAAAUAGAUUUUAUUGAAGCUUGGGAUAAUUAUGCUAGACAAAUUAAUUUGGAAAAAGUAAAAAUAAUUUUAAAAUAA